AUGAGUACGGCCGAAUCCGAUCUAGCGCUUCGGGUGUACAAGUGGGAGAAGCGGAAGAAGCUCAGUCCAGCUACAACUACAAUGCUUCUGGAGUUUGGCCUUGGUCUACCUGUGGAGCGGCCUUUGAUUCCUGUCGUCAGUUUUGACAUCAACAUGCGUGAUGCUGACGCCGUACUCUCGUUUCGUUUCGACGUCUCAGGGGUUCUUGAGCUCACGUCUCUGCUUGGCGUACCAAACGUUGUGAUCACAUCAUCACGGGAUCGAGUUACUGGUGUGGAGGAUAUGGCAAUUCUCCUCAAACGCCUUCGCUACCCCAUCACUUUUUACGACAUGCUUUCAACAUUUGGCCGGUCCCGUGAGCAACUUCGCCGCAUAUUCAACCACAUGAUCGAGUUUGUCUACACGUCAUGGCGAGAUCUCAUCUACUGCAACAAGCGUAUUCGCAUCCGCCAAUGGAGCAGUUGGAUUGAACUUGGAAAACGGACGUCCUCAGGCCACAAACGCAUGCACUGCCUCAACUUCCAAGGGUUGACGACCCCGGAUGGUCUGUGUAUUCACUUUUAUGGCCCCUUGGAAGGCAGUCGGCAUGAUGUGACGUUCCUCCGCAUAAGUCAGCUGCAAGAGUACUUUGAGGCCAAUUCGAACAUUUUCCAUGGCUACUAUAUUUACGGGGACCCUGCCUAUCUCAUUUCGAAAUGGAUCGUGUCUGGCUACAAGGGCAACAAUUUAGACGAGCAAAACAACGCUUCAACACCGCCAUGA